UGUUUGGAUUAAGCAAGAAUCAAUCAUCAUCAUCAUCAUCAUAUAUGAUGGAUGUACAAAGCAAACUCAGAUUAGUUCUUGGGUCAGUAAAAGAUCAAGCAUCAAUAAGCAAAGCCAUGAUAUACAGAAAAGAUGGUUAUUUAUCAGACAUAGAAAUCGCUAUUUUACGUGCAACAAGCCAUGAUGAACACCCUAUUGAUGAUAAACAGCUUCAUGAAAUCCUUUUCCUUGUAUCAAACUCAUCUCCGUCUUCCAUAUCAAUCCCAUACCUUUCUCAGAAAAUAUCGAAUCGUCUCCGUAAAACCAAGAAUCAUUUUGUUGCACUCAAAAUGCUUUUGUUGGUACACCGUCUGCUCCGUGGUGGUGAUCGUAAGUUUGAACAAGGUUUUCGAAAAUCUCAUCUCAAUGGGCAUCUUGAAAUCUUAAGCCAACACCACCACCACCACAACCACCACCACCACCACCUCAACCAUUAUUAUUUCCUACAUAACUAUGCAAGUUUUAUAGAAGAAAGAAUGAGCUGGUUCAUGAACCAAGCUGGCAAGCUUGAACCGCAAUAUGAUAAGAUCACAACGGAGAUUCGUCUCUGCGGAUUGCCCAAGCUUCAACUCUUUCUUGAUCAGGUACUAAAUUGCUCUUCAGUACUAGAUAUCAUAUCUCCUUCUGACAGUCUUACUCGAGCUGCCCUGCAUAAUAUACUAAAGGAGACUUCGCAAGUUUAUAACAACUUCUGUGAUGAAGUUGCAAUUCUUGCGAAUUCGUUUUUCGAUCUCAAGGAUCAUGCGGUACAAGUUCAAGCUCUUAAGUUACUUAAGAAAGCUUGUCGACAGAGUAGUGAACUAUCAGAUUUCUUCCAGAAGUAUAAUAGAGUCGUAGGUAGUACUAGCAUGAAACUGGCAUUGAAGUUUCCAACUACUAAAAUUAUCACAAUUGAUCAUGUAUUGGUCAUGGAACAAUAUGUAAAUGACAACAACAUGGGAGAAGUAAGUAGUUCCGUUUCGAUUGUAGACGACGAUAAAUCGGUUGCGAGUCGUGAAGACUCUGAAGUUCCGGAGGAGUUAACCAUUGGUACAUCUUCCACCACUUUUUUAUUUUCUUGUAAAUUAGAGACACGAAUAAGUACAGAAUGGGUAUUGUUUGAUGAUUAGAACUAAUUGAUUACCUUCAGUACAUGCAUGGAUGAACGAUUGAUGAUCAUGUUUUACUUUUACCCCCUUUCAUUCGUUGUUUUUUCGCCGCCGGAAACCGGAGGAAUUAGGAAAAUCGUCAUGAAUUGCCUUGAAGAAACCCCCAUGGUGUUCUCUUAAGUACAUUAUCAAUCCCUGUUUACUUUGGACUGUUUUCUACCAAUAAAAUUUUCUCCUGACACUGAUGAGAUUUUCUACCAUAAAGUUGUCUCGGAACACUGAUGAG